AUUAUUUUUAAUGUCAUUCACAUUUUAUUAAUUACAGAUUGUGGAAAAGUGUAUGAACUGAAGAAUGGUACAAUAACGUUAACAUCGUCUGCAACAACGUAUGGUGCUACAGCCACUGUAACCUGUGAUGAAGGGUUCAACGCGUCGAUUCCAUCGAUCAAAUGUCUGAGCACUGGAAAGUGGGAAAAUGUUACAUGCAAUAUAGCAGACUGUGGCAAGUUACCACAGAUUCAGUAUGGUAGUGUGAUAUUAAAGGAAGAACAUGUAUCAACUGUUGGUUCAACGGCAGAAGUCAAAUGUCAAGACGGUUAUCGGCCAAAGAAACAAAUAAUACAAUGUGAAGAAACGGGCGUAUGGGAAAGCGGUAUUUGCGAAUCCCAUCCAGGGGAUGGAAGUAACACAGCAACAAUACUUAUAGCACUUUUGAUAACAGCAGUUGUGUUGAUUAAUAUAAUAUUAGUGGGAUGUAUUCUGUACAGGAAAUACCGUCGACAAGGAUAUCUGUUUCAUGCAAUUGGAAAAGGGUCGGAGACCGUUUCUUUCAAAAAUAAAGAAGAUCUGCCGGAAGAUGAAGGGCGUCAAAACCAAACUUUAAUAUUUACAAAUGAAACAGACAAAAAACAAGAACUAACAAAAAGUAAUUCCAAAGAAUCUUUGAAGAAAGAAGAAAACUCCCCCGAAGUGAAAACGAGUGAAAAUUCGAGUGUACCUGUAAAGGAAGGUGAAAAGAGUGAUAAUUCAGGUGUUGAUGUUAAGACUGAAGAAAAGAAGCCUGACCAAGAAGCGAAUGAAUCAGCUGAGGUAUCCAAGAGCGUUGAUGAAGAGAAGAGUAAUAACGUUCAAAAAUCUAAUGAAACAACUGCAGUUGUCGAAACCAGUGACCCUUUACAAGCCAAAAAUGAGUCUAGUGAAACAAGUAAAACCGGCAAGAAUGAUGAUCUUAAAGACGACAAAAAUGGUGAUGGUACAAACGAAACUAAAGAUAGUGAUCCUAAAGAAAGCCAAACGUCUCCUGAAAAAAGUGAAGAGAGCAAAAAUGAAGAACCAAAAGGAGAUCAAAAAGGUCAAGAUUCUAAUGAAAAAAGUGAAGUUGGCAAAAAUGUGGAGCCUAAAGAAGAUGCAAAGGCUGAAGAGCCGCACGGAAAAGAUGAAGUUGUCAAAAAUGAAGAGGAAAAAGAUGGCAAGAAGGACCCAGAAUCCAUGGCCAGUGCAACAGGCGAGGUUUCCAAAAAUAAUCCCAGUGAAGGCAACACAAGUCAGGUGUCCAGUGAAACAAGUGAAGUAAGCAAGAAUGACCCAGAAGUGAAUGUAAAAGAGCAGGGAGCCAGUGUUACAAAUGAGGUAGACAAAAACGAUAAUGCAAAAGGUGACGGAGAUAAAAUGUCGGAACCAUCUAGUGCAGUAAGCGAGAAAAAAGAUGCAAAAGAUGGCGAAUAAAGUCAAUAAUAAUAUGACAAGUGAAGAGAUAGCAAAACAUCAGACAUGCAAUCACUGAUCGUAUAUUACAUUCGUUUAUUGUCCGAAAUGAUUAACCUGCCCAUUUUGCAAACAUUAUCUGGUAGUAAAUAUUUCGGAAAAUGCCUAAAAAGAUUAUAGUAGACAAGUGUAUUCAUAUAUUUACAUACGUGAUAUAGAUUUUUGAAUGAAGCAAUGAAACAUUUACUUAAUGUUGUGUAUAGACCACGUCAAUAAAAUCACAUUUAAAUCACUCUCUUAAGAACACUCAAAACUGUUGCGAGAUAUGAUGCAUGACUUGUUAAAGAUAUACUAUGCUCAUCUUUGGAUAAAAUUACUUUUAUCGCAGAAAUUUAUUGAAAUAUAGAAAAGUCUAGCUGAGUGUGUCUAAUAUGAAUAAUAGAAUACACAAACUAUGUUUUGG